UUCUCAUACACAUUUUUUCCUUCCAUCAUCACUAGUCACGACCAAACCCAAAAAGGGAGAAACAUAUUAUAUAGAGAGAGAAAGAAGCAUACCAGUGGCAGAACCGUAAAUAAAAAAUGUCUAAAGAUUGCGGCAACCACGGUGGUGGAAAAGAAGCAGCCGUCCGGCGAAUCUGCGGCGCCGUGAUCGCCUUCAUCAUAAUAGUUCUAAUCACCAUCUUCCUAGUUUGGGUCAUACUCAGGCCAACUAAACCAAGAUUCAUCCUCCAAGACGCCACCGUCUUCGCCUUCAACCUCUCGCAACCAAACCUCCUCACCACAAACUUUCAGAUCACAUUCGUAUCUCGUAACCCUAACUCCAAGAUCGGUAUCUACUACGACCGUCUCCACGUCUACGCUACGUACCAUAACCAGCAGAUAACUCUCAGGACAGCAAUCCCUCCGACGUACCAAGGGCACAAAGAAGACAACGUCUGGUCUCCGUUUGUGUACGGAACCGCUGUUCCGAUCGCGCCGUACAACUCCGUCGCUUUGGGAGACGAGCAAAGUCAUGGACUCGUUCGGUUGAUGAUACGCGCCGAUGGGCGCGUGAGAUGGAAAGUAGGGACGUUGAUCACAGGAAAAUAUCAUAUCCAUGUUCGGUGUCCGGCUAUCAUCGAUCUUGGGAACAAAGCUGCUGGUGUUAUUGUCGGUGAUAACGCCGUUAAGUAUACGUUGAUUACUAAAUGCAGUGUGAACGUUUAGAACUUUGACGCCGUUAAGUUGCUACUAUCUUCUUUUUAUUAUUAUUAUUAUAUAAUCAAAAUCAUUUUCUAUUUACAAAAGCAAAUUUUACCAAA